AUGGCUUUGCUUUUGGCACUUGUGGCCACUCACGCCGUAGCUAGACCUGCGCCAACCCACGCCACUUUCAAUGACCAAAAGAAUCUCCUUGGUGGGGUUGGUGGCAUCUCCGGCCUCCCGUUCGGUGGAUUGGGUGGUGGUCUUGGUUUUCCUGGUGGAAUUGGUGGUCUCGGUGGCCCUGGUGGUAUUGGUGGUCUUGGCUUUCCUGGUGGCAUUGGUGGUCUUGGCUUUCCUGGUGGCAUUGGUGGUCUUGGCGGGCUCGGUGGCCCCGGUGGGAUUGGUGGUCUCGGUGGCCCUGGUGGAAUUGGUGGAGUAGGUGGAGUUGGAGGACUGGGAGGCACUGGCGGUGGCUUGGGUGGAGGUGGCAGCGGAGGCACCGGUGGUGUUGGUGGCGGUUCUGGUGGCCCUUACCCUUGA